AUGGAGAUUAGUAAUGAUGUCAAGAGAGACCAGGUGGAAAAGCUUGUUAGAGAGUUAAUGAAAGGAGAGAAAGGUAAGCAAAUGAAAAACAAGGUCAUGGAGUGGAAGAAACUGGCAGAAGAAGCCGCUAGUCCACAUGAAAAUGUUAACGAGCUUGAGGUUGUUAAUAAUGAAGAAGUAGCUCCACCUAGAACUUUAUUAGAGACUUAUUUGCAUCCUAGUCGUGCACCCAAUCCUUCAUGUAUCAUGUUUCCACCUAACAUGCCCGCAUAUCAGUUUAAACAUGGAAUGAUUCAAUGUACCUAUUUUCAUGGCAUGGAAAAUGAAACUCCUUAG